UCUCUCCCAAUUCGCUUCUCCGUCUCUCAACUCAUUUACUCUCCACUUCCCUUUGCUCACAGCCAUGUUUCCCUGCAAGGAAGAUGCCACUGCUUCCUUUGGACAUGGAGAUGCAAGUGUUUCAUGCUUGAAGCCAGAGAAUGGUUUCAUUGAUCCACUUUCUCUUUUCCAUUCCGAGAAGGCAGUGGAAGAACUUCUUCAACAAACUCCUGUUCAAGGAAUGGAUGAACAUCUUAUAGAGUUCUCCGAAGCUUUGAGAACUGUUGCAAAGGCAUUAAGACGGGCUGCUGAAGGAAAGGCUUCUGCUCAAGCUGAAGCUGCUGAAUGGAAACGUAGAUAUGAACUGGAGAGAAGCAGGAAUAUACAGAUGGAGCGUAAAGCUCGAAUUGCUGAGCAAAAUGGCAAUAUUGAUUGCGGGAGGGUAAAGAACUUGGACAAACAAUUGAUGCAGCAGAAUGAACUGGAUGAGCAGUUUGAGGAAUGUUGUAUGAAGCACGGGAUUUGCUCCCAUGAGGUUCUUCGUGACAGGGAAUCAGACUCAAAUUCCAAUGUAGAUCGAAGUAAGAUGAUGAGAAAGGCAUCAUUUAAGCUUUCCUGGUGCUGCAAGGGUGAGAAUGGUGAUCAGCACAAACAUGAUGUCGUCUCUUUUGAAAAAGGAAAUAUUACGACUGCAGAACGCAGCAGUAAACAGAUUUCUCUGAAGUGGGAAUCUGACCCUCAGACUGUGCUUAUUUUGACCAAACCGAAUUCAGUUUCUGUUCGGAUUCUUUGUGCACAAAUGGUCAGAUGGUUGAAAGAGAAGAAAAAGUUAAACAUUUAUGUUGAACCACGUGUGAGAUCUGAACUUCUGACUGAGUCAUCCGACUUCCACUAUGUACAAACAUGGGAGGAUGACCGGGAAAUUUUGGUCCUGCACAUUAAAGUUGAUCUCAUCAUAACCCUUGGUGGUGAUGGAACUGUUCUAUGGGCAGCAUCAAUGUUCAAAGGACCUGUUCCUCCAAUCGUUCCGUUUUCUUUAGGGUCUUUGGGAUUUAUGACUCCGUUUAAUAGCGAACAUUUUAAAGAAUGCCUUGAUUCCGUCCUGAGGGGACCUGUCAGUAUAACAUUACGGCACCGCUUGUUGUGCCGUGUUAUUAGAGAUGCGGCUAAAAAUGAGUAUGAGACAGAAGAACCUAAUCUUGUUCUGAAUGAGGUUACGAUAGACCGGGGAAUAUCAUCAUACCUCACAAAUUUGGAAUGCUAUUGCGACAAUUCCUUCGUCACGUCCGUGCAAGGAGACGGUUUGAUUUUGUCAACAACAUCUGGUAGCACUGCCUAUUCAUUGGCAGCUGGAGGAUCAAUGGUCCACCCACAGGUCCCUGGUAUCUUAUUCACACCCAUAUGUCCACAUUCAUUAUCCUUUCGACCCCUGAUAUUGCCGGAGCAUGUAACGUUGCGUAUAGUGGUGCCAUUUAAUAGCAGAAGCUCAGCUUGGGUGUCAUUUGAUGGUAAGGAUAGAAAACAGUUGGCUCCUGGGGAUGCCCUUUUGUGCAGCAUGGCACCAUGGCCCGUGCCUACAGCAUGUCAAGUUGAUUCUACUAAUGAUUUCUUGAGCAGCAUCCAUGAUGGCCUUCACUGGAACCUGAGAAAAACACAGUCGUUCGAUGGCCCUCGGGAACUAUAACUACUUUUCCCGGACCUACACAUUUCUAGUUGAAAAUCUUACUUGUAUUAUAUAUAUACACCUAUUUGGCAGUUAUAUGGGGCUGCGGGAUUCAACAUAUUUAGCUGCCAUAUGUUUCAGGAGUUCUUGUAGGAAAGCAAAAGGCAAAGCUCGAAAUUUGAAAUGGCUGUAAAGUUUUUAUGUU